AUGUCUAUAACUACAAAUGAUUCAAAAGUUGAUAAUGAUCACUUGUCCUCUAAUGAGUUGGGAUUAAAUAAUAUUGAGGAGACUACCAAAAUUACUCAUUUUGUAUAUUUUAUGACAUUUAUUAUUGCAAUUGGUGGAUUUAUGUAUGGUGGAGUUAUUAGUGGUGCUAUGUUACUAUUAGAAAACGAUAUUCCUAUGUCAAGUUUACAAAAAGGACUGGUUGUUGGAGGUGCGUUACUUUAA